CCGUUUACCUGAAGGAGGAGCCGCCUCCGCCGCCUCCGCCGCUCGGGCUCCCGGAGACAACAGCGACGAGGACGACGACGACGAGGAGGACUCCAGAGGGUCUGAGAUCUAUCAAUUAAAGGAAGAAAUAGCUGGUCUACCAGGAUGGGAUCUAUUGUUUGGGAAUGUGGUUAAUCAACUUGACAUGUUAGUCAAAUGCAAUCUAUAUAAUAAAAUGAAAAGAAAAGACAAGAUGAUGUCAUUUACCUGUGUUGUGAAACGAAAAACAAAUGCCUUUUAUCAGAUGAGGUUAACAAAGCUCUGUCAAUGCAAAGAAUAUUUAACUGUUUGCAAAGCUUAACACCAAGAAGUAAAGAAGUAUUUUCAAGCAGAUACCUGCAGGUGCAUGAUAUCUAAAAUUAUAUUUCAUAGGCCUAUUUAUCUGAAUAUUAUUCAGAUCCAAGAAGGAUGGCUAUAAGUUGGAUAUUCUCCUAUCUUUGGUCCAUGACUAUGUUUGUGGGGUAUAUAAGUGGGCACAGUUUAUUUUCUUGUGAGCCUAUCACCUUGAGGAUGUGCCAAGACCUGCCUUAUAAUACUACCUUCAUGCCUAAUCUUCUGAAUCAUUAUGAUCAACAGACAGCAGCUUUAGCAAUGGAGCCAUUCCACCCUAUGGUGAAUCUGGAUUGUUCCCGAGAUUUCCGUCCUUUUCUCUGUGCACUUUAUGCACCUAUAUGUAUGGAAUACGGACGUGUUACACUACCCUGUCGUAGGCUAUGUCAGCGGGCAUACAGUGAAUGUUCCAAACUCAUGGAAAUGUUUGGUGUUCCUUGGCCAGAAGAUAUGGAAUGUAGUAGGUUCCCAGAUUGUGAUGAACCCUACCCUCGCCUGGUAGAUCUGAAUUUAGCUGGAGAGCCAACUGAAGGAGCCCCAGUGGCAGUUCAAAGAGACUAUGGUUUCUGGUGUCCCCGAGAGUUGAAAAUUGAUCCUGAUCUGGGCUAUUCUUUUCUUCACGUUCGUGAUUGUUCACCUCCUUGUCCAAAUAUGUACUUUAGACGAGAAGAACUUUCAUUUGCUCGAUAUUUUAUAGGAUUGAUUUCCAUCAUUUGCCUCUCUGCCACAUUGUUUACUUUUUUAACUUUUUUAAUUGAUGUUACAAGAUUCCGCUAUCCUGAAAGGCCUAUUAUAUUUUAUGCUGUCUGCUACAUGAUGGUGUCAUUAAUUUUCUUCAUUGGGUUUUUGCUUGAGGACCGAGUAGCCUGCAAUGCAUCUAGCCCUGCCCAGUACAAGGCUUCCACAGUGACGCAAGGGUCUCAUAAUAAAGCCUGCACUAUGCUUUUCAUGGUGCUCUAUUUCUUUACCAUGGCUGGCAGUGUCUGGUGGGUCAUACUUACCAUCACAUGGUUUUUGGCAGCCGUACCAAAGUGGGGGAGUGAAGCUAUUGAGAAGAAAGCAUUACUUUUUCAUGCCAGUGCAUGGGGCAUUCCUGGAACUCUCACUAUCAUCCUUUUAGCUAUGAAUAAAAUUGAAGGUGACAAUAUCAGUGGCGUAUGUUUUGUUGGCCUCUACGAUGUUGAUGCAUUGAGAUAUUUUGUUCUGGCUCCCCUCUGCCUGUAUGUGGUAGUUGGAGUUUCUCUUCUAUUAGCUGGUAUCAUAUCCUUAAACAGGGUUCGCAUUGAGAUUCCAUUAGAAAAGGAAAAUCAAGACAAGUUGGUGAAGUUCAUGAUUCGGAUUGGUGUGUUCAGUAUUCUGUAUCUUGUACCACUCUUGGUUGUAAUUGGAUGCUAUUUUUAUGAGCAAGCCUACCGUGGUAUAUGGGAAACAACAUGGAUACAAGAACGCUGCAGAGAAUAUCAUAUUCCAUGCCCCUAUCAGGUAACUCAGAUGAGUCGACCAGACCUAAUUCUUUUUCUGAUGAAAUAUUUAAUGGCUCUCAUAGUUGGUAUUCCCUCCAUUUUUUGGGUUGGAAGCAAAAAGACAUGCUUUGAAUGGGCCAGCUUUUUUCAUGGACGCAGGAAAAAGGAGAUGGUAAAUGAGAGUCGCCAAGUCCUUCAGGAACCUGAUUUUGCCCAGUCCCUUCUGAGGGAUCCCAAUACUCCUAUUAUUCGAAAAUCAAGAGGAACCUCUACCCAGGGAACAUCCACACAUGCCUCUUCUACCCAGCUGGCUAUGGUGGAUGAUCAGAGGAGUAAAGCAGGGAGUGUCCACAGCAAAGUGAGCAGCUACCAUGGCAGUCUCCACAGGUCUCGUGAUGGCAGGUACACACCUUGCAGUUACAGAGGGAUGGAGGAGAGACUACCUCACGGCAGUAUGUCACGUCUAACUGAUCACUCCAGACACAGCAGUUCUCACCGACUCAAUGAGCAGUCACGGCAUAGCAGUGUCAGAGAUCUCACCAAUAACCCCAUGACUCACAUCACCCAUGGGACCAGCAUGAAUCGGGUUAUUGAAGAGGAUGGAACCAGUGCUUGAUUUGGUUUGUUCAGCAGGGUGAACUUGGGCUCUUGUGAAACCUGGAUUCCUUUUCUUUGCCAUUGCAUGACUGAUUACAGUAACUCAGUAUUAUCAUGCUUUCAGUCAGGUGCUGAUUGUGUAUGUUGGGAAAGCAAAAGUGUCUCCUGCUUUUUAAAAUCAUAUUUUUACAUUGCAUUAGAAUUGAAAUAUUGGGUGGUCCAACGAACUAGAAAUUAAGAAAUUCACUCAAAAUAUAGUUCUGUUCAAGGUUAUCAAUUACUAAUUUAUUCGGUCUUUUUUCCCCUAAUAGACA